CCGUUCACAUGUAUCCUCGCUUGUUUUGUUCCCACUCCUGGGUCUUCAUUUUGCCUGCAGCGUCUUGCAUUUUUGGGAAGUCGUGAGGUUGCAUAGCUUUCUGUGUUCUUUCUCUUCAUCUUUUUAUUCUUGUGUUUCCAAGGUGCAAUCAUGGUCGAUGUUUCGGUGCUCAACAUGGAUGAUGACUGCAUGGACUUGCCCCCCGGCUUCAGAUUCCACCCCACGGAUGAGGAGAUUAUAACUCACUACCUCUCGCAGAAGGUUAUCGACCGCGGCUUCAGCGCAAGAGCCAUGGGAGAGGUGGACCUCAACAAGUGCGAGCCAUGGGAUCUUCCGAGCAAAGCGAGGAUGGGAGAGAAGGAAUGGUACUUCUUCUGUCAGAGGGAUAGGAAGUACCCGACUGGCAUGAGGACCAACAGGGCCACAGAAGCUGGCUAUUGGAAGGCCACAGGAAAAGAUAAGGAGAUCUACAGGGGGAGAAGAGUCCUUGUUGGGAUGAAGAAGACGCUGGUGUUCUACAGAGGAAGAGCUCCCAGAGGACACAAGACUAAUUGGGUGAUGCAUGAGUUCAGGCUCGAAGGCAAAUUCCCAUUCCCCGGUGUCCCAAAGUCCGCAAAGGAUGAAUGGGUCGUGUGUAGGGUCUUUCAUAAGAACAUGGGAAUAACGAGAAGCCCACCACCACCUGGAUCAGAAAGGAUUGAUUCUCUUGGAAAAGAUCUCUUUGACUCUACCGCAUUGCCCCCUCUCAUGGAUCCUCCUUACCUCAACUCCGACGCGAGACCUAGCUCAUGCUUCAUCGACAAAGAGGAAGGCUUUGAUUUCAAAGAUAUUCCUAGCUUUUCCGCCAUGAUGGGCAUGGAGGAUCAAGUGAGCUCAAAUCCGCCUCAGAGUUCGGUCUUCUACUCACAAGUCCUUGCCCAAAGCCCUUACUGGUCGUUUCCGGGCCACUUGCACCAGCAGCAAGCAAUGACGAGAGCUUUGGCUGCCGACCAUGAUGCAUCUUCUGCCAUCAGGAGGCAUUGCAAGAUGGAGCAGUGCUGGAACAAUUCGAUGGGCUGCCCCUCCCAGGACACCGGCCUGAGCACUGAUCACAACACCGAGAUCUCCUCCUCCAUGGUGUCAAAUCACUUUGGCGACUUCGACAAUACUUCAUGUGGACCGGUGAUAAAUUUGGACAAUAUAUGGAAGUACUGAAGGGGCUAACUCCAUGGGGUUACGAUCGCUUAAUAUCUUAUCUCCAACUCCUCUCAUGUCUUAUUAAUCAUAGAGGAGACUGCGUGGACUCUUACUGUACAUAAAUUUCCUAUCGUACGCGUAGUGUAUCUCUCUCUCUCUCUAUACGCUAAGGACAGAGAAACGGGAGGAGGUGUCAGAACUAGUGUGAAUGUUUAUUCUCUUGAUCUAUCUCCGGGAUUCCUGUCCUGUAUCAUAUACUUAAUUGUGUCAGAUGGAACUGCUGCAAAUUGUAUACCUUUGUUGUAACGAGAUCAUUUGGGUUUUGUGUUCUAAAA